AUGCAAGUAGGACACGUCUCUGAGGAACUGCGAGUAGUAGGUGGCAAAGUCUUCUUUGCCUUCCCUCAGGGGGACGAGUUGGCAGUGGGCCGUACCUCGAGGGUUUGGGUCUCUAAACGAGGCUUCCAUGUGGGCGACGAAGGCGGUGACGGAGUAAAAGCGGUCAGCAGGAUUGGCGUUAACAAGUGGUAUGACCUGAUCAAGGGCUCUUCCCUGCAAACAGCUGAUCGCGUGGAUAACCUUUGCUGCCUCAUUGCGGAACCGAUUAUGGUUGACUUCGAGCUUUAUUCGGAGUUGGGUAACGAAUCCGGGGAUUUUGGUUCGGGUGCCAUCGAAUCUUCCGGGGAAAGUUUCGGACCCAAAGGUGGAGACAGUGGUUGGUGGAGUAGCAGUAAAAACUGGGACAGGAAUAUUGGGGGCGGGGGCGGCGUGGUCAAACAGGGCAGCAGUAUCGUGUUCGUACUGCUGGUUAAACAACUCGAUUUUGUUAGGUGA